CCAGCGCAUACCCUUUGAACUAUGACGCCGACCAUCCAUGUAAACGGAAGUAAACGACCAAGAACAAUUUCCACGUUCACGGUUUUAUUUAGACGUUUAUUAACACCAUGGAACUCAAUAUAUGACUAAUUGAACUGCACAGCAUCACAUACUUACCCCACGUAGUAUUUAAUUGCGUUGGAGAAAGGACUUGUUUGAUAUAUGUUUUCUAGGUAAUGCUAGUUAGCUGCUAACAAUGGCUAACUGUAUGGUUUUUCAUACUCAAAUUGCCUCCAUCAUGGAGGUGCUAGCGAACGCCGCCGUGGCAGAGAUCUGUAAACUCGUAGACGACGACUAUGCAGUGUUUCGUUUGGAAAUAACUCAAAGCCAGAAAGAAAACAGGGGAUUGCGAAGGAAACUACAACUACUGGAACUGAAGGUGGCACGAGAGCGCGUCCUCGCCAGUCGUCCCAGUAGUGUCAAGAUCCUCGACCGUUACAGAGGAUUGGCAAGAGGUGAAGGACAUCUCACUCGAGGCCACAAGAGCUUUGUGAAGCCAGCAGGACACACUACAUGGAGUGAUGACCAACCAAUCACUGUUGAUGAGGGGAGUGGAACCUCAACCCAGCACGUUAUCGUGAUAGAGUCUGCAGAUGCAGAGUCUACAGGUCCUGGGGUUAAGCAGGAGAGGUCUGAUGGAAAGGAUGACCUACGGCGCAGCAGAGACAUCCAGACCGGAGUGCCCCCUGUAAUCACGGAGGUCCCCACCACUGCCCCAGCGCAGCCCAGAACCCAGCGCAGUAUCACGGAGGAGGAGGGUCCAGAGGUGCUGCUGGGGAAGGAGGAGGGGUGUGAGGAGGGUCUGGGGAACCCUGAGGGGACCAUGGUCAUGGAGGAAAACCAGACUACACCUCCUCCACAACCCACAGAGGAACUAGCUGAGCAGCACAAGACCACACACAGUCUCACUGAGUCAGUAGACAUGGAGGAUGGGAAGCCUGAUCUGCUGCUGGUUAAAGAGGAGACAAUAGAAGAUGGACCAGAGAACAUUGACCUGCUGAGUGGACUAAAGAUGGGGGAGCAGGGUGGAUGGCUGGAGACUAACAGAGCAGACUGGGUGGACAUCUUGGAUUCCCAGACCGGUGCAGCCAAGGGCCCAGCAAACAAAAUCACCGAGCAGGCCUGGACCAGAGGUGAAAUAGUAGAGGUCAGGGGAUGGGACAGCAUCCUCAACUCUGGGCUGGGGAACAACGCUGUUAACCACAACCAGAAACAGAUAGUCGAACACACAACGACAUCCGAACUUAGUCUCCAUGACAACAGACUGGCUGAGACCAGGGCGAGGCAUAGAUUUGGUCUGCAGGGACAGGAAAGUGAACAUAUGCGGCGGGAGAGUACAGACUUCGCUUACGAUGCUCCGUCCUGCUCUUAUAAUUGUGAAAGACUGAUGGCGCCUCAGGUUAACCCUCUAACAGGUGCUGCCUUCAGCCUGUCUUCUAUAGGAUCUGUCAACUGUAACAUGGACCCUGCGAUAACACAGACACUCCCUGGCCUUCGUCCUCCUCACAGUCUCCUAAUGUUAAACCAGACCUCAGACAAUGCCAGUGCCUCAACACUAAAUGGCUACACAAGCCCAUUGACAAAUGACAGUAGUGAAGACGGAAUCAGUAAAGGUGGCAGUGGCAAAGAGAAGCGCUUCCUGUGUUCAUUCUGUGGGAAAGCCUUCAGUUUUCCCCAACAGGUGGAGAUCCACCAGAGGGUUCACACGGGGGAGAAACAAUUUGGCUGCCACCUGUGUCGGGCGAGUUUCUCUCACUCCUUCAGCCUGAAGAGGCACCUGAGAGUCCACACAGGGGUGAAACCCUUCAGUUGUACCCAGUGUCACAUGCGCUUCGCCCAGGCUGGUCACCUGAAGAGGCACCAGAGGGUCCACACAGGGGAGAAACCCUACAGCUGCACGCAGUGUGAGAAGAGGUUCUCCCGCCAGGACCAGCUGAAGAUGCACCUGAAGGUCCACACGGGAGAGAGGCCAUUCGCCAGUACGCACUGCGGGAAGAGGUUAUCAGAGAGGAGCUACCUCAGGACACACCAGCAGAAAAAACAUUCCACUCUUUAACAUAAAAAGUAACCAUUCCCCUGGAUAGCUUCUGACAUUUAGAUCAAACCCGGCAUUAAAGACAAAUAUACAUUUU